AAACCUGACCCUGACCCUGAACCUGAAUCUAAACCUGAAUCUAUCCCUGACCCUGAACCUGAAUCUAGACAUGAAUCUAUCCCUGACCCUGAACCUGAAUCUAGACCUGAAUCUAUCCCUGACCCUAAACCUGAAUCUAGACCUGAAUCUAUCCUAGACCCUGAACCUGAAUCUAAACCUGAAUCUAUCUCUGACCCUAAACCUGAAUCUAGACCUGAAUCUAUCCAUGACCCUGACCCUGAACCUGAAUCUAAACCUGAAUCUAUCCCUGACCCUGAACCUGAAUCUAAACCUGAAUCUAUCCCUGACCCUGAACCUGAAUCUAAACCUGAAUCUAUCCCUGACCCUAAACCUGAAUCUAGACCUGAAUCGAUCCUAGACCCUGAACCUGAAUCUAGACCUGAAUCUAUCCCUGACCCUAAACCUGAAUCUAGACCUGAAUCUAUCCAUGACCCUGACCCUGAACCUGAAUCUAGACCUGAAUCUAUCCCUGACCCUGAACCUAACCUUGAACCUGAACCUGAACCUAAACCUAAAAAUGCACCUGAGAUGAUGAACAGCUGAACCUGAGCCGUGAACCCUAAAACUGAACCAUGAUCCUAAGCCUGUUGUUAAACCUACACCUGGCCCUGAGCCUGACUAUGAACCUUGAAUAAUA